AAAGAAAGUGGAAUAAGAUCGCCUGCUUAUUGGUGCUUUUUUCUCAGAUUGAGGUGAAUUUCUCCAGAUCGGCGAUAGAGACGCCAGUGGACAUCGAUUACGCUUCAGAGGAAAAAUUUAUUCAAGGAGAUGGCUGUAAGAUUUCUUUGGGCAAAGAACUCAAUCUCCAGCAACCACUUUUUCUUAUCCCGGGAACGGAAACAUUCUACACUCCAUUGCCCAACACCACAGACCUACUGUUCCACAUGGGAGAACAGCUAGAACUAUUCUGUACACGUGGGUUUGCGAAUCCGAGUGUCGAACCGGGCAAGAAGACCUCCAUCAUUACAUCAUGUGACGGAGAUGACGGGUUCAUUCACAAUGGAGAAACUUAUAACAUAACACAACUCACUUGCAAGGGACCGGUAUUCCAUGAGGCUCACCGUACAGGCAACCGUUGUUUCAACGAUGCAAGUUUGGUGAAAAUCGGGUUUGAUAUGGGUUCCCGUUUUGCCAAAAUAUACGAAGCUUGUUUUGACGAAAACACUUUGCAAACAUAUUACGUCAAGCAUAGCUUGUACCCCUGGAAUGUGAAACACCAAUCAACGAAGCGGCCGCCUUCAUUCAUUCAAGGUGAUUUUUACCCAUCGCUAAGAGUGACAAAACUUUACAACAUUGAAUCUCAACGGAAAACGUUUGAAAAGAUUCUCGGAUCGCCGGCACGAGCUGAUGCUUUGUUGAACAAUAAGAAAGAUCUAUUCCUAGCACGUGGUCACCUUGCUGCUAAAGCUGACUUUGUGUUCGGCGCUCAUCAGCGUGCAACGUUCUGGUUCAUUAACGUUGCACCGCAGUGGCAGAAGUUCAACGCUUUCAACUGGCAGCGUAUAGAAACAGGCGUAAAAGACUUUGUUGCUCGGAACGAUUUGAAUGUAACCGUGUACACGGGAACAUACGGAGUAUUGGAACUUCCGGACGCUAAUGGUGAUAUGCAACAGAUCUUCCUGGAUGUAGAUCCGAACAAUGGCGGAAGAAUACCGGUUCCGAAGGUGUAUUAUAAGAUACUACACGACGAACAAAACGAUGCUGGUAUCGUGCUAAUCGGUGUGAACAAUCCGCAUGCAACGAUGGAAGAGAUUGAUGAUAACUAUGUGUUCUGUAAGGAUGUUUCCGACAAAAUCAGCUGGCUGAAGUGGAAACGUGAGUUCAUCCCGGGUGGAUACUCUUAUGCAUGUGAUGUAAACGAAUUCAACGCUGUUACUAAUCAUUUACAGCUGAAAACAAUUACUAAUCUUUUGAUAUAUUUAAUCGAUAGCAAUUAUAAUCGACACAAGCAUCGUAUAGUUUUUGGGAGAUGCAGGGAGACCGGAGAAAGUCAGGCUAGCCGGGGAGGGGCGUGGGAAGGGGUGAUUCCUUAUAUUAUAAUAAUGCAAUGUAUAUUGUCAAUUUUAUUACUCAUGGUAUACAAUGUUGUGCUCAAUGAGUGUAGAAUACCAUCAGAACUAUCCACAAUCACAUUUGAAACAAAGUUUAGCAAUGAUCCUAACGAGAACCUUGGCUGUAAAGUGUCACUUAACGAGGAUCUCGAUCAGCACCAACCUUUAUUAAUUGUACCUGGAACAACGAAAUUUGUCACACCAGUGGCAAACACCACCGAUAUACAAUUUAGCAAUGGCGAACAGGUCGAACUGCAUUGUCCGCAUGGAUUUUUGGUGUCAGAUGCAACAUCGAUAAUUGCCGCGUGCAAUGGAAAGGAUGGGUUCAUUCAUCAUGGGAAAGUGUAUGAAAUUUCGCAAUUGACUUGUCGUGAUCCGGUCUUCCAUACGGCUUCACGGACCGGAAAGCUGUGUUUCAACAACGCAACACUCAUCAAAGUUGGUUUCGAUCUCGGAACCCGAUUCCUGUCCCUCUACGAAGUUUGUUUCGAUGAGAAGACCCUCCAGAGCCACUAUGUGAAAUACAGCUUAGCACCUUGGAAUAUCAAGCACGAACGUUCGAAACGGGAUCAUUUUCUACAAGGUGAUCUGUUUCCCGACAUUGAGAUGACAGAGAUCUAUUCAUUCAAUUCACAACACGCCACAUUCAGACUGAUAUUGGGCUCAGUUGAGAGUGCUAAUUCAUUGCUGAACAGAAGGAAGGAUAUGUUCAUAGCUAGAGGACAACUUGCGGCGCAAGAAGAUUUUGUCUUUGGAGCACAUCAAGCUGCCACAUUUCGAUACAGUAACGUUGCUCCACAAUGGGAGAAGUUCAAGUCUUUCAACUGGCAAUAUAUCGAAAACGGCGUCAGGGCGUUUAUAACUCGGCACAACUUGAAUGUGACUGUGUACACUGGAACGUACGGAAUCAUGGAGCUGCCUGACGAUGAUGGAGAUAUGCAACAAAUUUACUUGGAUUACGAUUACCAUAAUGGCAGCCGUAUACCUGUGCCGAAAAUCUUCUACAAAAUAAUUCACGAUGAACAGAAUAAUGCGGGAAUUGCAUUGAUAGGUGUGAACAAUCCGUAUGUGACUUUGAGGGAUAUUGCAAAGACGUGCUUGCUUUGUGAAGACGUUUCCCACAAACUUGACUGGUUGCAAUGGAUUCCGGAUUACAUUCCGGGAGGAUAUUCUUACGCGUGCAGGGUUAACGACUUUAACGACGUCAUCAUGCAUCAUGCAUUUGAUGAGAUUACCAAUUUGUUGAUUUAGACUGAGUAACUAGUUUUACGUACCAACAGCACCAACGAUAGUGAUAUUACUAGAGCACAGAAAGCUUUCACAUUCCGAGUAGACAUAGUUACCGAUACUGUUAUGGUGAAUUUCUGCACUGCAGAUGUAUUUAAAGUAUGAUUACACGGUGUGUGAUUCUGAUGAUUGAUAUAAUUGUUGCAUUUUUAGUUUUAAGCUCGUAAUUGUUAAUUUUAGACUAAAUUAGUUAAUGUUUGUAGAUAAAACCUAUUACUGCUUGUUUGAAGUUCAUAAUGCAGUGCAUGUUUGGAUUUGGAUUCCCAGAGGAGUGUGAAUAAGCUUUCAUCAAGAAUUGACGUACAUGUCAUCUAGAACGACGAGAAGUGUAUGUGCAAUCGCGAUUGAUAUGAGUACAUGAAAGCUUCAGAAUAGUUGCCCAAGAAAAGCAAUGCAAUGCAAAAUGCUUUGACUCCGUUAAUGAUAAUCGUGUUUCAUUUAACACAUCGGCCAAUAAAAGAAAAUAAUUUAAUUAGACAUUGUUUUUCCAAUCAUUUCUAUCGUCCAUUUCGUUACAGAAACCGUGAUAUUUAAUACUUGCAAAUAAUUAUUGACGAGAUUCGGAUCUCGUCCUGGUACAAUGUCUGAAGCCCUGAAGACACGUUCUAAAACGUGGGUGUGACAAGAAAGUUUUUAAAUAGGGGAGAACUUCAAAACGCACCCACGGUAAAACGACCUAACUCACUCAUAUAAUCUUUCGUAGAACAUUUCUGAACAAAUAUUACAGUCACAAUUCAAUAUAAGUUAUUCAUUGUCGAGCUGCAAUGCAAAAUUUGAGCAAAAUUUUUACUUAAAUUUAUUAAAAAAU